CUACUUGUAUUAAGAUCUUCAUUGAAAUGUGGUUGGUUAAUGCAUUACUUUCUUUAUAGGCUAACAGCAUAUGUUGUAAAAGUCUUUGCCAUAGCUGCCAAAAUAGUAAAAGACAUUAGCCAUGAAAUCAUUUGUGGAGGUGUGAGGUGCCUGAUUCUGAACAGACAACAACCAGAUAGAGUGUUCAAAGAAAAUGUCCCUGUGAUCCAUGGAGAAAUGCUGGGAGGAAUUCAAGGUGCUGAACCAGAAGUAUCUUUAACAGCGUUCAUUCUGGUUGCGUUGUUGGAAUCCAAAACAAUCUGCAAUGACUAUGUCAACAGUCUAGACAGCAGCAUCAAGAAGGCCACAAAUUAUUUACUCAAAAAGUAUGAGAAACUGCAAAGGCUCACAGCCUAUGCUCUGGCUGCUGCAGAACGACUCAAUGAUGACAGGGUACUCAUGGCAGCAUCAACAGAAAGGAAUCAUUGGGAAGAAUACAAUGCUCACACCCACAACAUUGAAGGCACUUCCUAUGCCUUGUUGGCCCUGCUGAAAAUGAAGAAAUUUGAUCAAACUGGUCCCAUAGUCAGAUGGCUGACAGAUCAGAAUUUUUACGGGGGAACAUUUGGACAAACCCAAGCAACAGUUAUGGUGUUUCAAGCUCUUGCUGAAUAUGAGAUUCAGAUGCCUACCCAUAAGGACUUAAACUUAGAUAUUGUUAUUAAACUGCCAGAAUGAGAACUACCUAUAAAGUACAGAAUUGAUAUUACUAAUGCUCUCCGAGUCCUGACAAUAGAGACCAAACUCAACCAAGACUUUGUUGUGUCAGCAUCAGGUGAUGGAAAAGCAGCAAUGACCAUUUUGACAUUCUAUAACACACAGUUGCAGGAGAAGGCAAAUGUUUGCAACAAAUUCCAUCUUGAUGUUUCUGUUGAAAACAUCCACUUGAACUUCAAACAUGGAAAGGGAGCCAAGGGAGCCCUCAUGCUCAAGAUCUGCACGAGGUAUCUGGGAGAAGUUGAUUCUACAAUGACAAUAAUUGAUGUUUCUAUGCUGACUGGUUUUCUCCCUGAUGCAGAAGACCUUACGAGGUCUCUCAGGUGUACAUCCCCAGUUUCCUUGAGGUUAUUCGGAUGGAGUUUUGGGUGGGGGGGAAUUAUCUCCAUGGGUAAACUGGCACCCACAAAUGAUCUUCUCUCUCCAUUCCAGGUCUCCCACACUGAAGAUGAAUGCCUGCAAUUUAAGAUUCUCAAGCAUUUUGAAGUUGGCUUCAUUCAGCCAGGAUCAGUCAAGGUGUACAGCUACUACAAUCUGGGUGAAAAAUGUACCAAGUUCUACCAUCCGGAUAAAGGAACAGGCCUUAUCAAUAAGAUAUGUGAUGGUAACGUUUGCCGAUGUGCAGAAGAAACCUGUUCCUUGCUCAACCAGCAGGAAAAGAUUGAUCUUCAGUUACGAAUUCAAAAAGCCUGCGCCCCAAAUGUGGAUUAUGUCUACAAAGCCAAGCUGCUUCGAAUAGAAGAAAAAGAUGAUAAUGAUAUCUAUGUCAUGGACGUUUUAGAAGUUAUUAAAGCAGGCAGUGACCAAAAUCCAUAAGCAAAGGCCCGCCAGUAUAUAAGUCAAAGGAAAUGCCAGGAGACUCUGAAUCUGAAGGUGAAUGAUGAUUAUCUGAUCUGGGGUCUCAGCAGUGACCUGUGGCCCAUGAAAGAUAAAAUUUCCUACCUCAUUACAAAGAACACCUGGAUUGAGAGAUGGCCACAUGAAGACGAAUGUCAGGAUGAGGAAUUCCAAAAAUUGUGUGAUGACUUUGCUGAUUUGUCCAACACACUGACUGUGUUUGGCUGCCCUAAUUAAGGUACAGAAGAAUCAAUGAUAGGAAGGAAAUUCUCAGAAGGCAGAUUUUUGAGCCAAUACAUAUAUGUUACUUUGCCUCUUGAUCUUUUAGUUUUAUGUCAAUUUUCUCUGUUAUUUUCCCUUAAAUUGUUUAUACAUAAAAUAAAUAAUUGAUUCCUUACUUUGGUAUGUUCUUGAUUUUUAAUAAACAAUGGUGAUUCAUGAUUAUUAAUUUUUCUUCUGAUCCAUCCAAUAUUUGAAGUGCUCUGAGCAGAUUAUGGAGUAAUGUUUUAGUGAUAGAUGAAUAAG